GAGACUAGGGGGAGGAAGGGGGGAUGGGCAGAGCGGUGUCCAACAGAAGGAGGAACAGAUGAGGUGAGAAGAAAGUGGAGGGAAACAAGACGAGCUAAGGACGCCGGGACACAAAGAACAGAAGCGCGGAGGAAUCGAGAGCCGAAGAAGACGUCUCAGUCUGAAGCUGUUGGAAAGAGGCGUGAAAAGAUGGAAUCAUGCUUCAAAUGGAAGAAAAAAAAAACUACAAUCACAAACACGGUGAACACGCGUGUGCAGCUGAACCCGUGUCUCACUGCUCAGGAAUGUGCGCUCGGCACAGUGGAACCACAGUGACAUCACCUUGCUGAGGCCUGCUUCAUGGAGGCUAUUGUUUACUGCACUCCGCUCUUUAAUUUGUUAAUGUGAGUCCACGAGAGUGGAAGAGGAAAAUAUCAAAACGGGCCUCACGAUGUGGAGUGAUGCAUUAUCUGCACUGUGUCAGUCUAGAGUUUUCUCCAUUAAACCCAGUGUGAUGCUGCAUUUACACGAUGAUUGUUUUCUACUACACAGCAUUCUUUCUAUCUUACUUUAGUUGCACCUUUUAUAUUUCUUAAGGCAGGUAAGGCAAACAAGCCUUUUCAGCACAAUCUCAUUAGAUAAAGCAUCAGAAUCUAGAAUGUAGAUGAAUCACGUUGCUCCUUUAAAUACACCGGGACUAAAAAUGCAUUGUCAUCUUCCGUAACUAACCUAUUUACAGAAACUUAGUAUUUACAGUAGCAGCCAGGUGUAUGCGGGAACAAGCUACCUGUGUCAAUACAGAUGGAACAGAAGAAUAAGCAAAGCCACAGUUUCGGCCCCCAGCCCAGCGUCCACUUCCGGCGCAGGGCUCUGAGUCUCCCCCCCGACGCGUCGUACGCCAACCUGACCGCUCUGCUCACCGUGGCCACCGCCUCGUCGCACAUCCAGCGCUUCCCCCACCUGCACACCGUUGGAGGGAACAGCACAGGAACGGAGAAGAAGUUCGACUUGACUCCUGUAGCAGCUGUUUCUGUUCACCUAUUGGCCAGAGAUGGAGUGGAGUUGCAGGUGAACGAGCCAAUCACAGUGUCCAUCCCUCUGCAGGCGGAAAGUGGUCUCAAGGAAAAUGAUCACGUCCCUGUUUGGCGAUUUGAUGCACGCCUGGGCGCCUGGAUAAAAAGCAGUUGGGGUCAUGUGCAGAGGCAGGGAAACCAGCUCAGUCUGACCUACAUCGCUCCUCAGCUUGGAUAUUGGGUGGCCGCCAUGUCCCCAUUACACUCAGGUCCAGUGUUUGCAAAGGACAUUAGCACAUACCACACUGUGUUCCUGUUGGCGAUACUGGGGGGCAUGGCUCUCAUCCUGCUCUGCCUGCUCUGCCUCCUCUUGUACUACUGCAGGCGCCGUUGUUUGAAGCCUCGAGGGUCUCACCGCAAGCUCACACUGUCGUCUGGUCUUGACAGCAGUAAAAGAGACCAAGCCACCUCCAUGUCCCACAUGAACCUCAUGGAUGAUCCAAAUGAGGUUCAGCUGGAACUUGUUUCCACAGCCACUGAGCCUGACAUGACCACACCAAUGCUGAAGCCUUCCUCAUAUGAGCUGCAAGACAAUCAACAUCAGCCCAGCCUGCUCCAUCACAGCAAACAGAGAUGCUCCUCCCUUGGAAACAACAGCCACCAUAACUCCUCUCUCGGCAACCUGACGCCUCGGAGCAGAGAUUACCGGCAGUCUGUGGAGACGUUCCAAUUAAAGACUGCUCUUUCAUCCAGCACAGAGAGGGGCUAUCGUCAGUCAUACACCUCUGCCUGCUCAUCAGUCAACCAGAUUUCAGAUGUAUUACCAUCAGUUAAUCAAGCUCAGGUGUCAGCCAACCAGCUCAACAGUGUUGGCAUCGUUGAUUGUAUCUCCCCUUCAUCUCCUCCUCACUCCCCGAGCAGGGCUGAGGCAGGCGAUUGCAGGGCUCCUGACUACCUUCUGUCCCGCUCUGUGGACCACCUGGAGCGUCCCAAUCUGCCGUCACUUUCCCGGCCAGGGCAGCUGCUCUGCUGUGGAUCUGUGGACCUACUAAGCGGUGGAGAAGGCUACCCAAGGGUGCGUCCCACGCUAGUGAUCCCAGCACACUACAUGCGCCUGCCCGGGGAACACCCUCUGUCUGGCCAGGCCCUCCUUCUGCAGACUGACCAGCAGAGUGACCUAGAGACCAUCCAGGCGGAGCUCAAUGCCUCACAUCCCCAACAACCCCUCGGGCAGACCCCCGCAAACUGCUCGAAAGGACCCACAAAGCCCACUGAAGCGGAGGGUCUGGGCUUGUCUGAGUCUCUGUCAAUUCCAGCAGCACUUGGCGAAACGGCUCUUGUGGAAAUAAAUCGUGAAGACACCUUGUUAGCUGAAAAGACUCUUAUGGAGCUUAGAGGAGGGAAGCCACUCCCUCACCCACGAGCCUGGUUUGUCUCACUUGAUGGACGCUCCAACGCCCACAUUCGCCACUCUUACAUCGAUCUCCAGCGGGCUGGGUGCCAAAGCAACACUCCGGGUGCAGGGGGUCAGCAGCGCGGCGGCAGGCACUGCAGUGGCAACGAUGCCAGUCUGGACUCUGGGGUGGACCUGAAUGAGCCGAGAAUGGGGCGUAGAGGGAGAGAUGCAGUGAGGGAGGAGAAAGGAAGUGAGAAGGACAGGUCUAGAGACACAACACCAGCCAUGGCCUAUACUCAGCUGGUGUAUGUGGAUGAUGUAGAUGGGGGAGGCAGCGAGGAGGAGUCACCCAAGUCCAUCCCCCAGGACACCAAAGCAGGUCCCAUCGUGUCAGAAACAGCAAAGGGUCAAAGAGGGGAUCAGGGACAGGAGGAUGUGGAGGGAAAGGGAGUAGAGGAGAUACAAACACAAGAGGAACCUCCAUCGCUCACUUCAUCAUCUCCUGCUUCUCCUUCCCCGUUGCCAACACCAGAGGGAGUCACUUUCAGGACUGACCAUGCCCUGCUGUCAGUGUCUCCUGAUGAUGAUGAUGCAGCUCAUGAAGAAGGAGAGGAGGAGAAGAGGAGUCCCUGGCAAAGGAGAGAGGAGCGACCUCUGCUGGCCUUCAACCUAAAAUGACCCACAGACGACAACUGAAAGGAGAGGUUCACAUUUUUCAAAUUCUAAAAAGAACACCCACGUGCCCAUAUGAUCGUGGCCACUAUAAUUGUUCCUUGUGUUGAUAUUGUCCCUGAUAACAAAAAAACCCUCAUAUAGGUACUUUAGAAUAAACUAAGGGCAGAAUUAAUUAUGAUAAAAUUUCAAAAUAGAAAAUAAUAAAACGUUUAAAAGGUUCAAAGUAAUAGAACAGUUAAUAAUGAAACUUAGAAAGUAAAACUAAAAGCAACACACGUUUUCAGAAUCUUUAAACUGCUUUGAAAUAAAUAAUCAAAAAGAAAGAUGCUCAAUUUAAAUCAGCUUGUCUAAAAAAUGAUUUUCGAUGAUGGUUUUAGUCCAAACAAAAGUUAAUUUCUAACUACAACUCAAAGUUAAACUUUAAUUUAAUUGUUUUUACUACAUCAUUUAAACAUCUACGUCACUUUAUAAAGGACUUGUGGCCAGUAUGGACUGGAGAAGCUGGUGAAUGGUAGAGCUGUGCAUCUUUUGUUUUGAGAUAGAAGUUGAAAAAUGUGAGCCUCUCUUUAGCCACGACUCCUGCUCUGUCCAGACAGUAACGUGAAGGAUAAGACCAUUUAAACUGAAGCCCUUUGUUCUUAUUAUAGCACUGAGAAAACAUUUCAGCACUGGGAUCCUUCUAGCCAUGAGCACGAAAGGACGCUUUAGAUCCUUCAUGAACCUCCAGCUUAAUGAAACGACCACUGUCAUCCACACAUGACACAAACAGGCCGCUCUCCUCGCCUGAGGGGUAUGAAUAGACUUUGGUGGCAGGAAAUCAGAAUAUUUUAUGCACAAUAAAUAUAUGCCUUUUUUUAUGAAUAGCCUACAAGCAUUAGUGAACUGUGGUAAAAGCAGUCGGUGUGUGGUUCUCACAGAUGAUAAUACAAGAACCUUUUUGCUUGAGCCAUAUUGGCCUGGGUCCACUGAUGGAAGCUGGGAACACACAGGGCUCGUUCGACGUGAGGUCAUAGCCCCAGUUUAGCCUUUCUGAUAGUUUGACAACUAUGGAGUAGCUUUUCACAGACCACUAUCCGCUCUACAGCAUAUUCAGAUAAUGUGACACAGCACUACAGGAGUGGAUGAGGAUAUAAGACCACUACAGAACUGAGGUUCUACCCAAAGUAAUUGUGAGGUGUAAUGAUAUGAAGGGUUUUGUAGUUUUUGAACCACUGACUGGUGUAUUUUUGCUCUGAAGGCUAUGCAUUACUUUUAUGAGGCUGCUUGAGAUGCCUUUUUUCGUAAUUUUAUUCACUAUGAUUUUAAUUGCCAACAUGAAGUAUUUUACCUGAAAAUAGGCUUUUUUUUCUUUACAUAAGGGCUUUUCUUCUUCACUUGCCUUGUUAGUUCCAACAGCAAACACACACGCUAGUACAUAUAUAUUUUACCUGAAACCAAACUAGACUUGCUCGCUGUUUCACCUUCCUUUGUAAAAUCUCCCGAUGUUCCAAGUGCCUUUGAACCUGACUCUACAAGUUAUGUGGAAUAGAUGGUUUUAUUUAUUUCUCACCUUAUUUUGCCUUCAGCUUUCCUCCUCUACCUCAGCCCCCCCCCCCCCCCCCCCCCCCCCCCCCCCCCCCCCCCCCCCCUCCCGUGGGUGAAAGAAAGCAUGCAGUAAACUUUCCUCAGCACUAGCGUAUUACAACCUACACUGCAGACAUCUCAGCAAAUGUCCACCAGCUGCUGCAAUCGUAAAAUGCUCUACAGUAAUCACCAGUGCUCAGAUCUCUCUCAGAGCAAGCAGAUACGCAGACGUUUUCAUUCUAGCAUGUGAUAAACAGUGUGAUAAAAAGUGUGGUUGUAUAUGAAGCUAAACUGCACAUGAUUUCAAUGCAUUUUUCUUAUUUUUGUUGUUUUUCGAGAGUGAAUGUUUGUCCCAAAUGUGUUUAAAUUCACCUGGGUGGUGGUAAUCAAUGUUUGUGGCCCUGCAGACUGUGCAGAGGAACAGCAUACAUCUACUCACAGAUCAUAGUCAUAGCAAUCAUCCUAUAGAGUGUGUUUCACUCUUUCCUUUGCCUGGUGAGAAAUGCAGCUACCUUCACCUCUCUUCACGAGUGUGUAAAGAUUCUUGUAUUCUGUUUGAAGCCUAUUAUUCUAAAUAAACAGACAAACUGGAA